AUGAAAGAAGUUUCUCUCAAGGAUUUUAACAGUUACUUUUGCAUAUGUGGUGAAUAUUCUUUAUCUAUUUCUACUGAUCUCAAAAACCUUCCAAAAAGGCAAUACGAUAACGCUUUAAUAAUUGAUAAAACAAAGCAUACUUUUCGUAUAACAUUUAUAAAACAGUCUGAACCAUUAAUAUUAGAAAGAAAAAAUGGUUAUGAAAAACGUUGGAUGUAUACUUGUCGUAGAUGUGAACUAUGGCUAGCUUAUGAAUUACAUGGCGUAGAAACUGUUAAGAAUGUAUAA